CGUGGAAUUGUUCAGAUAUAGUCCUGUUGACAGACUGCCCACUUCCUUAAUUCAGAGCGUUAUAAAUGUGCUGACCUUCAAGUCCUUCCCAGCAAUUUCGGCUGGAAGUCAACACAUCUGGGAGGCAUCAGGCUGGGAAGGAUGAUUUCCUCAUCAAGUCAUCUUUUAUUACUAGAUGAAGUACUUUAAUGCAAGAUGUCAUCAUCUGAUGAGAAAAGCUCAAGUCCUGUUUUACCGAAAGAUUCUGAUCGAGGCAGUUCUGUCUCUUCUGAUCUUCAGGAUGAAUAUGAAGAGCUGCUUCGUUAUGCUGUAGUUACCCCUAAGUUUGAGCCAGGUGCAUUACGACAGUCAGAUCAUGCGGAGGUUCGUCAGGUAUCUGCAGGAAAGAGUCCAGUAAUGAAUGACCGCAGGCAUGAAAGUGCAGGAAUGAAAUGGAAGAAACAUGGAAGAACUCCAGAUCUUGCAACAUCUAGUCGAACAACAAGGAUAGAAGUUUCAGCAUCAGUAAAGGAAUCAGGUCAUAUGGAUAUGGAAAGACUUUGCCCUGUCCGUUCAGAAGAAAGUUCUUCACCAGGGUCCUCAACUAGUCAAAGAGAUCUUCAAGAGACACAUGGAACUGACUUGAGCCUUUCAGAUGAAAGAGUGACCCAAAUAGAGAGCAUACUUGAUCUGUGGAGUGGCAGCCUUAAAACUAAUGUUUUGACUGAGCUGAGGAAAUGGAAACUUCAUUUUAUUGAACAUCAUACUCUAGAAAUGAGACAAGAAAGAGAAAAACACGCAGCCCAAGUGAGACAAUUGACGAAUCAGAUGGAGAACUUGAAGGAAUUGCUACAUACUUAUGAGAUUUCCAUAGGGAGAAAGGAUGAGGUAAUUGCAAAUCUAACACAUGCAAUUGAGAAACAAAAGGACAGAAUAGAGUUAAUGAAGAAAUUCACAAAAUGGCGACUUCAGCACUUUGUGGGCAAACAAAAGGCCAGAGAAGAGGUAUACACAAAUAGACUGGCUGAUCGGCUGUAUGAAAUAGGUUUGUUGAAGAAAACGUGGAUGAUUUGGCGAUCCCGCAUUCAUGUAAAAUGGAAAGAGACCAUGGAAAGGGCUGUUCAGUCAAGUGCGGAAUCUCUGCGUGUUGAGCUGUCCAAUAACUAUGAAUCCAAAUUUCAAGAGUUAAAUGCCGCACUAGAGGAAGCCAGAGCUAAACUUACUGAAAUGCAGAACAAAAGACAAGAUUAUGAAGAUGCCAUGAAGAAGGCUUUCAUGCGUGGUGUCUGUGCACUGAAUCUGGAAGCAAUGACCAUAUUUCAGGGCAAAGACUUCAAAUUUGACCCUGUAGUUGAUCUAUCAGAAAAGAGAGCAGAACCUGGUGCUGGCACUGGUGGACCUACAGCAAAAUUUCCUUCAUUUCAGUAUGAUCAUCCUUUAUCAUCUACUUCCUCGCUGCUGCCGCCACCACCACCUCCUCACUCUGCUCCACCACCACCUUCUCAUUCUGCCCCAACAACAGCUCCUCACUUUGCCCCAACAACAGCUCCUCACUCUGCCCCAACAACAGCUCCUCACUCUGCUCCUAUAGAAGACCUGUUUUCUUCUCACCAAGGCCAUGCAAUAACAUCUCAAACCAGAUUAGACUCUGCUGCUGUAUUAACAGCCUGUGGUGCUGCUAUAGGAUCAGGCACAACGACCAUUUCAAAACUGUCCAUGACGAGGGUGGUGACAUCAGCUCAACAGAAGCCUGGAAGGACAGUCACUGCUAAAAUCACCGGUCGUUCAGAUUUUGCAACAAAGAAUCGAAUUUGCAGUAAUUUAGAUGUGUUGGGUGUUUCGCCCCCCAUGAAUUCUGUUGUGGUGGAGAAACAUCAUCCCAUCACUCAGCAAACUAUAUCUCAAGCCACUGCUGCUAAAUAUCCUCGAACUGUGCACCAGUUUUCUAAUGCUAUCAGCAUGAGACAUCUAGGACACAGUGGGAAAACCCAUGCCCAGACUCACAGCAACAUUCAGUCAAUAAAGGUAGUGGAGUAGGUUGGCAGAUUAAAACGCUUGUACUUUAUUUUAAGCACAUGGAGAAAAAUUUCCAAGUUAUAGUUUAAAUGCUCCCUAGUGUUUGCAGAUUAAUGGAAUAAUAACCCAAGGAUGCAUCAUGUUUUUCCUCUCAGUAAUAUUGUAGAUGUAAAGGUAUUUUGAAGCAUAAAAAAUACGCCACUCAGUUGGCACAAUGUAGUUCUGUGUAACUGCAAAUAAGGUAUACUUGAAAUUUUUACUUUCUUAAACCUAUUUUAUUAAAUAUGCUUAUUUAAUGUUUUUAAUAAAAAGGAAGUAUUGAACUUG